AGUUAACCUAAUUUCGAAGAAAGAACUAUCAAGCACACGAUACUCACGUUUUCCUCAAGUUUCUCUCCGAAACUUGGCAGAUCUUCGUAAAUGUCUAUAUCGUCCUCCAUUGUUGCUCCUUUUUUUAUUUUCCAACGCGUCGAGUGAUAACGAAUUGUAACAGUUUCAUCCUGCUGCUUCGAAACAGAUGUUCGUGUUUGGAGAACUCGACAGAGAUCCUUCCAUUCCUAUAGACGCGCUACUUGCGCGCGUUACAUACGCGAGCGAACAGCAGCAUAAUCGGGCACAAAAGGAAAGGGUACAGCACGUCGCUUGAUUCGCGAUCUUGGAGAAUCAGGACUACAGAGUUCAGAUUUUCUUAUGAAUUUAGAACAUCUCCUCAAGGAUUUCUCCAUUAGAAAUAACAGGCCAUUUGACGGAUUUCGACACGGAUGGCCACAGACGUGGCGAGCAAGAAAGCCGAGCGGGAGGCACUGCGCGGUGUGAUUCAGCAAUGGAACGCCAACCGCUUGGACUUGUUCGAGCUCUCGGAGCCGAACGAGGAUUUGGAGUUUCACGGGGUAAUGAGGUUCUACUUUCAAGACAGCGGUCAGAAGGUUGCAACGAAAUGUAUCCGAGUAGCCUCGGAUGCGACCAGUCAAGCUGUCAUCGAAACUCUUAUCGAGAAAUUCCGUCCAGACAUGCGAAUGCUUUCCGUUCCAGAGUACGCUCUUUACGAGAUUCACGAGAACGGUGAAGAACGUAAACUCGGCCUCGACGAGAAGCCGUUGCUGGUGCAGUUAAACUGGCACAUAGACGACCGCGAGGGACGUUUCCUACUGAGAAGAAUCGACGACAAGACGAACGCGCAGGGGGUUGCUUUCUCUUCCGCGGACGGAUCCAGCUUUCGUAGAAAGCUGAGCAAACGCGAGAAGAAGCAGAUCAAGAAGCAGGAGAAGCUUAGUCGACUGAAGAGCGUAGAGCAAGACGAAAACGCGGCUCCCGCUGAUCAGAACGGGGUUGCCGAGAAACUGUACACAGAACUGCCGGAAACUAGCUUCACUAGAAGCAUUUCGAAUCCAGAAGCUGUGAUGAGGAGGCGACGUCAGCAAAAACUCGAAAGGAAAUUGCAACAAUUUCGCAGUAAAGACGGUGGCCCCGACACUGGGGGAACCUUGAAAAUUUAUGGAGAGGCGCUUUGCAAAGACGUCCCUUAUAAAACGUUGCUUUUAAGCGUGCGGGAUUCGGCCGUACAGGUUGUCCGAGAGAUGCUUUCCAAGUAUGGAUUGGAGAAGGUCGAUCCGCAGCAGUAUUGUCUCGUACAGGUGAACGGUGAAAACGCCAAUGGGGGAACGCAACAAGAGUAUAUUUUGGACGACGACGAAUGUCCUUUGGCCAUUCUAAUGAAUCACCCUUCGACACGUGGCUCAAUCAUGUUUCACGUUCGAAGAAGACCCGCGGAUUACGUGCCUCGAAAGCGGAAGAAAAAACCUAAUGGGAAAUGGAACGAACUCGAUUACAGGUACGAGGACGAAAGAUUACCGUUUCUGCUGGAACUGAAUCCCGACGGUAGCGACGUUCCACACGGGGCAGGAGCUCGGCACCGAUUGCAGCCUAACGUGACGGAGGUAGGUUCGGAAAGGCCGAUCGGUCCGCAGGCGGUUCAAGCUCAGACGCUCACUUUGAACGGACCCACCGUUAUGCCGAGACACUGCGUGAUCGCCUUCACCGAAAAUAUCGUCACUUUGACGCCUUGUUCUAGAGACGCUCACACUUAUGUGAACAAUCAGAGGAUACAUCAGACGACGAUACUUCAGAACGGUGCGGUCGUGAAGUUUGGGAGAUUGCAUACUUUUCGAUUCAUCGAUCCAGCUCCCGAGGAACGUAUCAGGCAACGCCACGAUUCCGGAAGGCAAAUCGAAUACGGUUACGAACGACGAUCCCCAGACUUGACCACUCAAGAAACAAACACGGAAAGAUACGGGUCUGUAUCUGGAACUUCGAACGGUGGGCAGAUCCAAGGCGGGCAAGGCCAGUCGAGUCAAGAGCAAUCCUCUCACGCGUGUAGUCGGAACAAGUCAACGGCCGUUUCCGCCGCCACUGUUUGUCUCCCUCGAAGCCCGAAUCCUGUGCCGGAAUCGACACACAAUUACGAAACUACGUUCGAUCUCGACGGAAACGUUGAGACCGCCAGUCUGACCAGCAGCAGGGACGGUAACAGACAAUUGCAAAACGAGCGACAGCCACGCGGCACGGACCCGAUUUUGCCGGCGGUGCUCGAGUUUCUCGAGGAAACGGAAGAGACUUUUUUCCACGCGGUGAUUACGGAUGUGGAGCCAUCAGCGCCUCAGUUUAAGCUCGCUCCAACGUACACGCUUUAUUUGGCGGCCAGAUACCGAGCGAGCACGCAUUACAGACCGGAACUGCAGCCCACGGAGAGAGCGCACAGAUUGACAGUGAUGUUGGGAAACGUGGCUGGUACGAUACACCGAGUGAUCCAGGAGCGAUACAUGGACGCGUCGUCUUUGGCCCUGUGGCUGGCCAACGGCUCGGAACUACUGCACAUGCUCAAAAAUGACCGCCACGUCGGAGCGUUCUCGACGAGGGCGCAAGACAUUUUGACGGAAGCGGUUCACGAAGCGUUCGCAUCGCUGGUGCGAUGCAUCUCUCUGGAACUCGCUCCGGCCAUGUCACAGUUUAUGGCGGACGCCGACGAGCCCGCGAAGGAGGCUGGAGUUCUGCAGAUAUUUUCGAGUACGAUGGCUCUGCUGAGGCGGUGCAGAGUGAACGCUGCCCUCACGAUUCAGUUGUUCAGUCACCUGUUUCACACGAUAAAUGCAACCGCGUUCAACGCGUUGGUUUCGAACACGAACUUGUGCGUAAGAUGGUUCGGUCGUCGAUUGAAAGCGAGAUUGAACGCUCUCGAGACUUGGGCCGAGAGGCAAGGCCUCGAGCUUGCGAGUCAGUGUCACUUGGCGACGAUCAUGCAAGCGACUCAUCUCCUCCAAGCGCCAAAAUAUAACGCGGAGGAGCUCGCUACCUUGAGUUCGACCUGUUUUAAGCUAAAUUCUCUUCAAGUCAGGGCAUUGUUGCAAAAAUAUCAGCCAGCCGCGGACGAACCGAGACUUCCGGCAGAGUUGAUCGAAAACGUAGUCAGAGUGACGGAAGGCGUGGCCGAUACCCUCGCACGCGCCGAUGGCAGAGAGAUUCGACUCGAGGAGGAACCUACCUUGGGCCUGGCUCUUCUCCUACCGGAGGACGGAUACAGUUGCGAGGUGAUUCGGGGCGUUCCGCCGGGACUCGCCGAGUUCUUGGCGCCUUUGCAAAGGGACGGUUUGUGUCGGAUGGCGGCUCAGCCUACCAGUAGCGGAUAUUGGACCAUAUACAUGAUAGAUCACCACAACAACUUUCGCAGUCCAAGCGCGAUGAGUAACCGGUCAGGGGGUUAUUCUUGCAACGCGGGCUCUACUGCGGUCCAACCGGAGGUUCACGUGAUAAAGUUGCAUAAAUCAUCGAAUGGAAUGGGCCUGAGCAUCGUAGCAGCAAAGGGUGCCGGGCAAGACAGACUCGGAAUAUACAUUAAGAGUGUCGUCGCAGGCGGGGCCGCAGACGCUGAUGGUCGACUAACAGCUGGCGAUCAGUUGCUGAAGGUGGAUGGUCAGAGCCUGGUCGGAAUCACGCAAGAAAAAGCUGCCGAAUACUUGGUGCGCACCGGCCCUAUAGUAACUCUCGAAGUUGCCAAACAAGGAGCUAUAUACCACGGACUAGCCACUUUGUUGUCGCAACCGUCGCCUGUCAUGACCAGAGCACACAAGAGUCGACCCAAGUCCGAGCACUUGGAGUCAUCGGAGAUUCGAGGAGCAAACGGGCAACCAUCCACGUCGCAUUCGAUGGGUAAUUUGUUGAGCGUACCAAGGCAUCCUAUCGAAACCGGGAUACGUUCGAUCAACGAAAUAUCAAGACCAGGACCUCGUCGCAUGAGCGAACGAGAUUUACCGUCACGGCUUGGACGCGACGCCGCUGCUCCUCAGCAACAAAUGCAUACCAGCAAGUCCGUGCCAGCAUUGCACAACGUGGGUACCGAAGGAAAGCAACAGCACGAGGUGUUCAACCCUGGAUACAGCAGAGCAUCGUCCAGCAACAGCGUGACGCCACCUGUCGCGCAACCUCCCUCGAUGAUCGCGAUCAACGGCACGACGACGUUGCGUUCUCGUUCGAGCCACAACCUGCACGACCCGAUAAGAAUCGGAACAUUGCCGCCCAGCGGUCUCGUGAGCAGGCAACAAUCUUCGCCGAAUCUGAAUCCGUGUCAGACUGCCGGGAACAACAGCAGUUCGAACACAAUUGGAAUAGCUGGCUCUGCCACGCUUCCGAACAACGAAGCCGAAAGAUUUUACCAAAAUUUGAGCGUCUACCGAAACCAGGACCCAACCGCGAAACAUCGAUGUAGCCCGUCACAGUUUUUGGACGAAAGAAAUCCUCUACAAUUACAAAAAAACUCCAGAGGUUCUCAGAGCUCUUUGAAUCGACCGAGUACGUUUGAAACGAAUCAACCCAGGGAUCGACCGAUAUCGGCUUACGCAUCUCAAGCUCAGCAACAAUUUUUUCUAGGCACGCAAUCCCAACAAGUGACUGGCCCGCCUCCGAGGUCACAGUCCUCUCGAGACAUAAUUCGGCAGGAGGCGAAACUUCAGGAAAUGCAAGAGGAAGUAAGGAGACGAGAGUUGCGAGGCAACGCACCGGCAUCGACUUCCACACCGACGCAGGCGCAAGCGCAGGCACAAGCGCAGGCACAGGCGCAAGCACAGGCACCGACUCCGGCACCAGCAUCGGUUCCGGCUUCCGUUCCAGCUUCGAUUCCGACGUUGGCCCAGACUCCGAUUUCAGCGGCGGUUCCCGCUGUAGCCUCGGUCCAGACCGCGAGCCAAGGGCCAACACCGAUACCGGCCCCGACUCCGGCCGCGACGUCGGUGCCAACCACAGUUUCGGCACCCGGCACGAUCGCUCAGUAUCGACCCGCU